GGGGGAGGGGUCGAGGCUGGACGCUGCGACGUAACCCGGUGGAAGAGCAGAGAGGGCAGGAGGAUGCGCUCUGACCUCCCGGGGGAUCACGUGGGCUGACCGGAGGCAGGGGCGGAAAAGCUGGGUAAGUUCCUUCCGGGUCAUUGACUGAAGCGUCAACACCUGUGGGUAGCCGGUUCGUCUUCCCUGCGUCCUUGUCCCUGCCCCCCGGACGGGGCGGUUGUGGUUUCGUCGAUGAGCUCCCAGAAGGGCAACGUGUCUCGUUCCAGGCCUCAGAAGCACCAGAACACAUUUAGCUUCAGAAAUGACAAGUUUGAUAAGAGUGUUCAGACUAAGAAAAUUAAUGCAAAACUUCACGAUGGAGUAUGUCAGCGCUGCAAAGAAGUUCUUGAGUGGCGUGUAAAAUACAGCAAAUACAAACCAUUAUCAAAACCUAAAAAAUGUGUUAAAUGUUUACAAAAGACAGUGAAGGAUUCCUAUCACAUAAUGUGUAGACCAUGUGCCUAUGAACUUGAAGUUUGCGCAAAGUGUGGAAAGAAAGAAGAAAUUGUCAUACCAUGGAGAUUCCCUCUGUUGCUCAGCCUGGAGUGCAGUCGCGAGCUCAUGGCUACCACAGCCACCAUCUACUGGGCUCAGGUGAUUCUAUCACCUCAGCCUUCCAAGUAGCUGGAACUACAGGCACACACCACCAUACCUGGCUAAUUUUUUGAUUU